AAUAAUAACAAAAACAAAUAGCUAGCCUCGGAAAACAACAUAAUUCUCAAACGAUGAUGCGGUGAGUGUGCCAAAAGCAGAGUUGUCGUCAGAUCGGCAGGCGACCAAUAGUCAUCUCUCGUCCAACGGCGCGGUCACAACAGUUCUAACGGGACAUCUAUCUCUGGAGGUACUCCAGUACAACCAAACCAAUCUAGUCGUAGAUUUAAGGAUAAUAGUUUAAGUAAAAUCGUAUACCAAAUCGAAAAUGUCCAUGACAUCGCUGGGUAUCAGUACCGGUUUCAUGAUCGGCUACUGUGCGCUUGCCCAAACAGCACGACGUCUCGCCAAGCGUUUUGUCGAUCGCGAAGGCAUAGUGCCAGUGCUCGUCAAUGAAGCGAUCGCUGCCGCUGAAUUGUGUGCUUGCUGCUUCGAGUUAAUUAUUGUGGCUGACAACUUCGGCGUUGCUGCUUACGCAAUCUUUCUAUUUAUGUUAACCGUUUGGUGGGGCAAGGUAUGGGGUGAUGCUUCCGCGUGCCCAUACACACAUAUGGAAGACUUGGUGGAAGGCAAGACAUCGUUCAAGGAAGUAGCAUUGCGUACAUGGGCCGAAUUAAUGGGUGGUUGCUGUGUUUAUCGCAUUGUUCAGGUUUUCUGGUGGUUCGAAUUUGCCGAAACACAUAAGGGACGUGCCUUUGAGGAGUGCAAUGCGGAUUUACAGGUACACCCCUAUCUGGGCGCCGCUAUCGAAGGAUUCGCCACACUACUUUGCCGUCUCGCCUCGAAAGCGCUCAGCGAGAAAGAUCCGAAAUUCUGCAGCUUUAUUGAUUCGUUCAUCGGCACCAGUUUAGUGGUAGCAGCGUUCAACUACUCAGGUGGCUACUUCAAUCCUGUGCUGGCAACCGCACUCAAAUGGGGCUGCCGUGGACACACCAAUGUGGAGCACAUAAUUGUCUAUUGGAUUGGUGCAUGCGUUGGCGCGCUGUUGUCGGUGCCGAUAUAUAGGCUACCAGUGGUGAGGCGAUACUUGGUGGGUGAACGUAAGGAAAAGGAGGAGUAA